AUGGUUCUAAUCUAUGUUAAAUCCGGGAAAUGGGUGUCUGAUUUCAGUGAAGAGUGGAGUUUCGUGGUAGAGAAAGCAAGGGGUGGUCGAAUGGUAACAUUAGAAACUACUACUCCAUUGGUGGUGGUCAAGAGGAUCGUGUGUGAGGAUUAUGGGUUGGACCAUAUUGCUGUUAAUGCCGAGUUCAGUUACUCGAUAGUGAAUCAAAGAGGGAAUCCUCCAAUUUUUAUCACCAAUGAUCGCCAAUCAUCUAAUUUUGUGGCUUAUGCGAAGAGGGAUUCAUCUACUACCUUGUGCGUCACGUUCUCUGGUUCUGGCCCGUCAAAGGAGUCUUGUGGUAGAAAGAAGGAUCAUGUCGCCGCUGAUGGUUGCCGUGAUGCUGGUUUAAGGAGUCAAAAAAUUGGAGAUUCUCAAAAUAAUGGAGAUACUGAAAAGUCUGGUCGAGAGUGGAGAGGAGAUUUUGUGAAGAAGAAUCAACUUUUCAAGAGUAAAGAGGUUCUGAAGGCAACAAUGGAAAUUUUGGCGAUGAAGAAUAAUUUCGAUUACACUGUUAUCAAAUCCACGAGAAAAUGGUGGUAUUGCCGAUGUAAGGAUGCAUUAUGCAAUUGGAGUGUGCGUGCAGAAGGUCUGGACGGGUCUGCAUAUUUCAUGAUCAACCGGUGUGAGGAACGACAUUCAUGUGCACCUUCAAAGAAAAGCAAUUUCGGAAAAACAACAUCGGCAAGAACAAUUGGGAGACUAAUACAACAUCGAUACGGUGAUGCCAACGAUGGCCCAAAACCAAAUGACAUCAUUGACUUUAUGAGAUUGGACCAUAGUUGUGAGAUUACUUAUGGGCACGCUUGGGAAGCUCGGGAGUUUGCUAUUGCAGCUGCUAGAGGUAUACCAGAUCGCAGUUAUGCUAAAAUACCAUCGUAUUUGCAUAUGCUUAAAGAAGCUAAUCCUGGUACGCAUACUCACUAUGAAAUUAAUGACAAGGGGAGAUUCAUGUAUCUAUUUAUGGCAUUUGGGCAAUCAGUUAGAGGAUACUACAAUGCAAUGCGAAGGGUGAUUGUUGUUGAUGGAACUUUUCUGAAAAAUAAAUACAGAGGAGUUCUACUUGUUGCUACUGCUGUAGAUGGUAACUCUAACUUGUAUUCGAUUGCAUUUGGAGUUGUUGAUUCAGAGAAUGAUGAUUCAUGGGGUUGGUUCUUCAGGCAGUUGAAAGUGGUUAUUGCUGACUGUCAAGACUUGGCUUUUGUCUCAGAUAGAAAUUCAUCUAUUGCUAAUGCGAUUGGGACUGUCUACCCGCGAUCAGCACAUGGAAUAUGCAUUCAUCACUUGUUGACCAAUGUGGUUGCAUUUUUCAAGACAAAAGGGUUCACUGCCUUGGUUGAAAAGGCUUCACGGGCAUAUAGGUUCACUGAAUUUGAGGAACAUAUGACCCAAAUUUUUGAUAUGAGUCCUGAGCUUGGAAGAUAUCUACAGGAGGCUGAUGUGCGCAAAUGGGCUCGUUCUCUGUUCCCUGGAUCCAGGUACGACAUUAGGACCACAAACCCUGCAGAGUCAAUAAAUUCAGUCUUGAGAGUACCUAGAGAAUAUCCGGUUAUUCCUUUGCUAGAUAGUAUAAGAGAACUGUUGACUCGAUGGUUCUAUGAGCGUCGCCUGGUAAGCUCUAAGCAUCUUGAUCCUUUAACUCGAUGGUCAUCUUCAUUUGGGGUCUGA